UUCUGUUGAAUGGAAAAGAAAAUCAGCAAGAGCCAAUCGGAUCUUAAAUUGAUCAGUCGUUGAAUCAUUGGAGGAGAUUUAUUUACUUUUGGAUACCGGCAGUCAAUUCUUCGCCCUUGUCGUUGUCGUUAAUCGUACACCACGUACGUUGCGACGCAAGAACGAAGUAGAACUGUUCGAUGAAGAACAGUAGCAGCAAUGGAAGUCUUGCCAGCCGUGGCGAUGCUCGAAUUUCCGUCGCUGAAAAAUGGGCCAAUCGUCGGCAGCAACAAUUGAAGGGUGGGCAUUCAAACACUGCAGGUCCGACAGUUCACAGGAACUCCGAUGUGCACCACGAUUCGAUGCCCUCGCAACCGAAGGGUGGGUUUUCGAUUCCUCCCCUUUGUGUUCUGCUGCGUCGUUCUUGGCACCAGACCAUCAAUGGUUUUAUCCAACAACAGAGCGACAGGAAUGACAAAGAAACCGCAAGCGUUCCACAGAAACGAUCGACAAAUGUAUGCACGAAACAGGAAAAUAGCAAGCGUGUCUCCUUUCCUUCCGUCUUGAGCAUCUUGAAGGCCAACGCAGUCAAGCUUCAGGUGGAAUCUAUACUGCGAGAAGAGGAUGAAGACGACAGCGAGAUAUUUUCCGUCGACAACACAACAGAGGAUCGCAUCGGCGGCGUCGAAAAGAAGAGUAUCGGGAACGGACUGAGCAUCUUGCCAGCCAACGUGAGCGAUUUUACGACCUCUGCAGUCAACCACAUGUCCGAAUCCCGAUCCCGCGCUUUUCAUUUGCUGGAUUUUUCCGCAAUUGUACACACGUAUACCAUUUGGCGUAAGCGGUUGCUCCUGCAAAAACACCACAAUGUCCAAAUGGUCUACAGUGCUCGGCAUAACUGCAAUGCCCGUUUAUUCCAGUUGCUUCGGAGACUGGGAAUCGGCUUUCGGGUGGCCACAAAGUACGACCUGACCGCUGUUCGAGAAUCUAUCGUCAAUUGUGGUACCAAACCAAAAACCAAAAGUAAUACUGGCGGUGUGGAAAGUGGUGAGGACGAGGAUAGCAUGAUCUGGGACGACACCAGCAUACUCGUGAAGCCAAAUUCUUUUUACAGAACUUUGCUUUUGGAUCGCAGUUCAACCAACAACGAGAAAGGAGAAACGACCAGAACAAUAUCACCCGGAACGAUUCCCAUUACCGUAGCUAAUGCUGAAGAAAUGGAACGUAUCCACAUCCAGAUGUGUAAGAUGCACAAACGCCGGCGGCAAGGACCAAGUUCCACGCCAAAGCUCGCGUUUGUCCUGCGACUUGAAAACGACACCAACGAUUUGACCGAAUGGAAAUCAGUUGUGGAACAAAUGUACAAGAAGUCAUUAGAAUUGAUACAUAGCCAAUUUGUUGGGGUAGCUCUGGAGCUUGCUGGAAGGGACACAACUAUCAUGGAGAAAACAUUUGGUACAGGCGAUACCGAUACUAUUACUAUCGAGCCACAAAAUAGGAAUACCUUGUUGUUGGAGGCACUGUCCGACUUAAUCGAAAAAUGGGCGAAAGGGUCUCCUCCCCAGGUCCACUUAUCAAAUCCAAUUACCGCGACCGAAAUCGAAAGUUCUGUUCUAGAAUGGAUCGAACGGCAUCACAAAAUCUGCGCAACUAUCACAAUUGAUGUGAGCAGGCUCUUGAUGGCUAAUGCUGCAGCCUUAUGUGCUCGCAUUAUUGGAGUAAAGAACAAUUACAACAAACUCAAGAGCAAUGAAGAUGCGAGUAGUAUAGGAAAAACGGACGAUACUAACCGGAAUCAAAAUGCCAUCCAGCAGCAUUUGUACAUCGACGACGGAUGUUAUGGAUCACUGUCCAACUACCCAAACGAAGGUAUCCCGCUGCCCUUGAAAAGUCAAAGACUCAUAAGAUCUUUAUCAGCGACCAGCAAGCAACUGCUCGAAACGGAACAAAAUACCCUCGUGAAUACCACCGUUUGGGGCCCAACCUGUAAGUAAAAUUGAUGAUGUUCAACUACCAAAAAAGAGCAGAAGUUCAAGCUUCCUACAUUGGAUGGAGUCACUGUUCGCUCCUUGAAAGAGGUUUCCUCGAGAAAGAGCUACUUUGAGAACUUUCUAUUAACAAUGUCUGAUUUGAUACUUACCCCUAUACUCUAUCGCAAAAUCAUGUCAAAACUACAAAAAGGCGAUGGUCUUGACAAGGUCUGCUCCAAUGUUGCCCUACCGAGACUAUCACGAGAUGAUUGGCUAGUAUUCACAGAUCUUGGAUUUUGUCACGAAGGCACGUGUUUCAACGGUUUUUCACCCCCCGACGUUGCAUGCUGCGUUUUGGGUUGGAACCGAUAGCUUAAUUGUAUCCAACAUCGUGUCGUGAUGAGUUUUUGUGCUGCGAUUAUAAUAUUUUCAGGGAUAGAAUAGAAUUUGUAAUCCACA